AUGAAGUGGCUUGUGCUCCUCGGGCUGGUGGCCUUCUCAGAGUGCAUAGUCAAAAUACCUCUAACGAGAGUGCAGAUCAUGAGAAAAACCCGCAGUGAAAAAAAAAUGCUGAACAAUUUCCUGAAGGAACAUGCUUACAGUCUGUACCAGACUUCUUCUCCUGGCUCAAAUAUAACUACUCACCCCAUGAGAAACAUCAAGGAUAUGUUCUACAUGGGUAACAUCACCAUUGGAACACCCCCUCAGGAAUUCCAGGUUGCCUUUGACACAGCAUCAUCUGACUUGUGGGUGCCCUCCUACUUUUGCAUCAGCCCAACCUGUCACUCACACGUUAUGUUCAGACAUCUUGAGUCUUCCACCUUCCAGCUUAUCACAAAGACCUUCAAAACUGAAUACGGUUCUGGGAAGAUGCAGGGAGUUCUUGGUCGUGACACCGUUCGGAUUGGGGACCUUGUAAGUAUAGACCAGCUAUUCGGUCUAAGCCUGGAGCAAUCCGGGUUUGCGGAAUUACCUUUUGAUGGCGUCUUGGGCUUGAGCUACCCCAACAUGUCUUUCAUUGGAGGCAUCCCCAUCUUUGACAACCUAAAGAAGCAAGGUGCCAUUUCUGAGCCUGUCUUUGCCUUCUACUUGAGCAAAAGCAAGCCGGAGGGCAGUGUGGUGAUGUUUGGUGGGGUGGAUAAAUCCUACUACCAGGGAACGCUCAAUUGGGUACCAUUGAUCCAAGCACGCACCUGGUGUGUACACAUGGACUGCAUCUCCAUGGAAGGGCAGACUGUUGCUUGUUAUGGCGGCUGUGAGGCCCUUAUGGACACUGGGGCAUCACUGAUCCAAGGACCAGGAAAUCUGGUCAAUAAUACCCUGAGGCUCAUCGGUGCCACGCCACGGGGUUCCAAGCACUAUGUUUCAUGUUCUGCGGUCAAUACCCUGCCCUCUAUUAACUUCACCAUCAACGGCAUCAACUAUCCCCUGCCAGCUCAAGCAUACACCAUCAAGGAUUCUCGCGGCAACUGCUAUAUCGGCAUUAGAGAGAACCGAGUGAGUACAUCUACAGAGACCUGGAUCCUGGGUGACGUCUUCCUGAGGCAGUACUUCUCAGUUUAUGAUCGAGGAAAUGACAGGAUUGGCCUGGCACAGGCAGUGUAA